AAUUUUUCAAUAGAAGUAAUGAGUUAAUUGCGAUAUUGUUUUUUAUUGAACAGUUCUACCUUUUGGUAGGCAAUGUUAACAUAAAUAGCAAGUAAAAGUUACUUUUAUUUCUUAUAUAUUUUAUUUGAAUAUUUUUUGGCUUAGAAAAAAUACAAUGCGGCAAAAAAGGAAACAAUAUGUCCUGACUACAGUGUUAGUCGGAUGUGUGAUGUUCGCUGUCAUGUUCAACGACACAUUGCUUCAAUCUAUGGGAAAUAUGACGCUGGUUCGACCGUAUUUACCUGCUAUUAUUCCCCAGUUACCUGACACAACAUUUAAGAUUAACAGCACUUUGUGUAAGCACGUCAUUGCAGUAAGUAAGAAGCACAAUUUCACGUGGAUCUUGGCGAGGAGAAGAAAUUUGGAAUCCGACAUAUCAAAAUAUGUUAAUGUACAUAAUGAACAUAAAUCGCAGAAAAGUGAAGUCAUCAAUUUUAGAGGGAAGGAUGAUAAUUGUUCCGAAUGGUUGCCCAAACAACUAGAAAUAGUUCCGGUCAAGGUUCCACGGACAGCACUGUCAAGUCCCUAUCACUCUGGAAACACAUGGCUUCGACAUCUCGUUCAGCAGGCCACCGGUUAUGGAACCUCUACUGUUUACUGCGACAAAGAGUUACUGGCUAAAGGAUAUCCCUUUGAAUGCGAGAAAAAACAGCAGGAUCGCACCAUUCUCAUCAAAACUCACAAGCCUGAAAUGGGAUCUUUUGGACGGAACAUGUCGCUCCCAUUUGCUAAGAGACUAGUUGAAAGAAUGCCAGAGUAUAACCGCGCCGUGUUACUUAUCAGAAAUCCAUACGAAUUUCUUGUUGCAAAUAUCUAUUCCAGUCACCUUGAUGAAGUACCUGAAAAAGCAUUUCUGGGUGAAAGUAAAUGGCGAAGAAGUCAACCUAAACUGUUUCAAUGGUGGCAGGACAUCAAUCAUUAUUGGCUUCAUGAGUUCAAUGGUCCAGUGCUUCCCGUUCUGUAUUCACGCCUACGCCAUGAUGUGGCUGGAGAACUCAAACGGAUUCUAGAUUUCAUGCAUGUCAAUGUAACCGAGCUAGAUAUUAAAUGUGCGAAAGCACACGGGGAAGGCAAUUUUCACAGAAAAUCUAGAAAGUGGACAAAAAUUAACAGCAUUGUUGAUCUUUUCCCUGAAGAUUUCCAAAGAAAAAUAAAUGCUAGUGUAACAGAAUAUUCAAAACAUUUAAAGUCAUGUUACAAUGUGGACUGGGUAUCAGAAUAUGACAAUUUGUAUACACAAAAUACAAGAAGAGUAAAUUAAUAUACACGGCGGUAGUUCAUUUUUAAAAGGAACUCUUCAUAUAAGCCUGAAAAUGUAAUGAGUAUUUUUUUCUAGAUGGGUUUCCUUGCAUUAUUGUUCUGUUUCAAGUUAUAGUCAACUAAAACGAUGUUUUUAUGUAUUUGAGGAGGCACGAUGUCGCUAAAAUGCCCUAUGGAUCUUGUGGAAUGAUUGUUGGACCGAGUGUCUAAAAUGACAUUUUAACGACCGUUCCAAGGCGGUACCUAACAAUUCUUGAUAAACCCAUCUAGUUUUUUAUAUAGUGUAUAUGCAGUGUGCUGUUUGUGGAGUAUUGUGCUGUUGUUCCAUGUUUCUUGUUCGUGAUUUUUUGUUUAAAUGUUUUGUGUUUUUGGCGUUUACCCUGUUCCAUUAAACGGUGUUUAUGUUUAAACGUUUGGGUACUAGGCUUGUUUCUGUAGUUUUUCAUAUAUAUAUUGAGCACACAACAUUGAAUUGGAGGCGGACACUUUAUCCACUAGACAACUUUCACAUUUUCACACUUUAAAGAGCCUAGUUAAAAACAUUUGGCUUUUCCAAGGAUGUGCCCUAUUAAAGGAUUUUCUGAAGUCUUUAACAUUGAGCUGAUCAAACUCUUUCUCGUUUAUUCGGUCUGCCAAUGCAAUCUUGCACUUAUUUUACCUUCCAGGUUGGACAUGCAGUCAUGUUACAUAUACGUCAUGUAUUGCAGGUCAAUCGUCAGAAACAUGACAUGUCAGUGCCUGAAAUAUGAAUUAUGAAAUACAAAGAAAAGGAUAAUGUAAAAGGAAUAGAAGUCAUUGAAGAAAUUAUUAAAAUUUAUUUUACUAACCGUUAUGAAAUACUCAUAUCGGGGGAUUUAUACGCUUGUGUUUUUAAUGACCAAGAAAAGGUCAACCUAGAUAGAAAUGUUCCAUUUAAUAUGAU